AUGGAGUUGGACAAGCUUGAUCUGGAGAAAGGGUUGUUCAUCCAGGAAGUCACGAGCAGUGGCGGUAGCCCCAUCAACAACACGGAAACCCUGAAUAGCUCAGAUUUUCCCUUCCCAGAGGCUGGAGGAGACGACAGCGGCGAGUGGCUCUUUUUCCCUGCCUGCGAAGCACGUUUCUCCUUCAUUCUGGACCACUGGGCUGCCAAGUCCAAAGAGACCUUCCAAGAGGUGAAGGAGUUGGAGAAGGAGAACCGAGCACAGGGGCAGGAUGACUAUAAGAAGUGCCUGACAAGAAAUGCUUUUGGUCGGAAGAAGCAGGAGCUUGUCGACAGGCUUACGAUGGAGUGUAAGGAACUCGGGACAGUUUUCACACUCGCCAACACCAUCAUGCAUCAGCAUUCGCCCAACCAGACCCUGACAGAGCAAUACCAUCUCUGGUGUUGGGACAGAGGAUUGGACCCUGAAAACUCGGGCUGUGGAUUGCUUCCUGAAGGCUACCGGUCUCUGGGCCCACGGCCCAGCGCCAUCGACGACUUUGUGGUUUCCACCGCGGAGACAUUGAGCAAAGCAGGUUCUAGCGUCAAGUCAUUUACAAUGAGCUAUCCCACCCUCCGCAUCCUAUCACAUCUCUUUAUCGUCCUCAUGGCAGUGAUCUUCUUCGUUCUUCCUGUUAUGAUAAUGUACCUAGUGCCCAUGAAGAAAAUUGGCAGUGUGAUGGUUACCAUAGCCUUCAGUCUCUUAAUCUGCGUUGGGUCGUUCUGCUUUGGAGGUGGAAGCGGCGGGCUGCAGUCAGACCACAAGUUCCUGCUUCUCUUUGCUCUAUCUUCAAAGACUUGUCAGAUAGAUUAG